UCAAAAAUGGCGCGUACCAAGCAGACCGCUCGUAAGUCCACUGGCGGAAAGGCCCCCCGUAAGCAGCUGGCCACCAAGGCUGCCCGUAAAUCGGCUCCAGCUACAGGCGGUGUAAAAAAACCCCAUCGUUACAGGCCUGGUACCGUCGCUCUCCGUGAGAUCCGUCGUUACCAGAAAUCGACUGAGCUUCUCAUUCGCAAGCUGCCCUUCCAACGUCUUGUGCGCGAGAUCGCUCAGGAUUUCAAAACCGAUCUGCGUUUCCAGAGCUCGGCGGUCAUGGCUCUCCAGGAGGCGUCCGAGGCUUAUCUGGUCGGUCUCUUUGAGGACACCAAUCUAUGCGCCAUCCAUGCCAAACGUGUCACCAUUAUGCCUAAGGACAUCCAACUGGCUCGUCGUAUUCGCGGAGAGCGCGCUUAAGUUACUGGAAUCUUUACUUCAAUUGGAGAGAAUUGCACGACCACCGGCUGCUCAGGCAGAUUCUAUUGGAACUAUGCCAGGGCUCAUUUGAUCAUUGCCGGAAUUGAUAAAUUUUCAAGUAUUUUCUCUAGGUGUUUUGCAGGUAACAAAUUUUUGGCUUAACGAGAAAACUUUAUGAUGAAAACCACGUAACACGCUGGCUUGAAAGUUACCAACAAGUGAAGAUUAUAGACAGACUAUUACGGCAAGGAUUAUAAUAACGAACCGUAAGGUGGGAACUGUUAAUUAGGCACAACUUUGCUAUCGUCAUUUGUCUUGUGGUAUACAGGUGCUGCUACAAUUCGCUAUUACUGAGUAGCUGGUCUGGUGUAAUAUUUGCUGCUAUUUGCUUGUGUUUAGGGAUCCUUCUUGGCGUGACCGUCGGCCUAAUAUACUGGGUUUUCUCAAGAACCUUUUGAUUCUACGACAACAGACGACGUGGGGUGCACAUACUCGGCCUUGUAGCCAUGCAGCAAGCUCCAUACGUGUUCCUCCAGCUUGAUCCCCUUCUCUUUCUACAAUGAAAAUAUUUUAUUGUCUAAAAGAUAUCCGGGAAUAUGUUUCGAAUGUAUAUCAAAUGCGUAACUUAUGCUUCACUGGCUUAUGAUUCUUGCUUGCCUAUCUCUUGAUCAGUCAGCGAAUUCGGCUUCUGUCUAGGAAAAUGUGUUAUAACCACAAAACCCUGGCUACUAGCCAAAGCAGGCGCUAAAUAUUUUAUGAAGGAUGAUUUUUAAAUCAUUCAAAAUACAUGUUUGCAGCGGUCGAGAUCCAAAGUACACAAAAUCAGC